AUGCAGGCCUGGGACACUAUGGUGGUGACCCUGGCCAUACUGAUGCCUGCCACUGUGGAUGCCAAGAUCUUCGAACGCUGUGACCUGGCAAUGAAGCUGGAGGAGGCGGGCCUCAAUGGCUUCAAGGGCUACACCAUUGGAGACUGGCUGUGCAUGGCGCACUAUGAAAGUGGCUUUGACACCUCCUUCGUGGACCACAAUCCUGAUGGCAGCAGUUCAUAUGGCAUUUUCCAGCUGAACUCUGCCUGGUGGUGUGACAAUGGUGUUACACCUACCCAGAACCUCUGUCACAUGGAGUGUCAUGAACUGUUCAACCGCCAUAUUCUGGAUGACAUCAUGUGUGCCAAGCAGAUAGUGUCCUCACAAAAUGGUAUGAAUACCUGGGAUUCUUGGAACCAGCACUGUUCUGGCCAUGAUUUAUCUGAAUGGCUCAAGGGGUGUCAUAUGUAUGCAAAACCUUACACAACAGAAAUUCAUCCAUGA